AUGAAGAUACCAGGGGCAACUGCGCCCCCACCAGGGCAGGUGGCUAUUAAAAGAAGAUCCAGAGUCCCUGGAGUUAUGAUAACACAGUUUGUGGAGGAAGUACCAGAGGGUAUGUCCACCCCCGACUUCACCCGCAAGCCCAUCGCUUUGACGAUCCAAGAGGGUAAAUUAGCCUUUUUCAAAAGUAUUGUAAGCGGAGUGCCUAAACCAAACAUCACCUGGGCCAGGAACAAAGGCCCGCUGGAGGAUCCAACGAAGUAUAUCAGUAGAUAUGAUGAGACUAUGGAAGAAUAUUUUCUUGAGAUACCCAAUGUAAAAGCAGAACAAGCUGACACCUACAAAUGUUUUGCCGCCAAUGAAUAUGGAAGGGCAGUUUGCACUGCCACCUUGAAUGUUAUUGAGGUUGGAUUCAAGAAGAAAGCGACAACAGGUCCAAAAAGAGCGGCACCAGAGGAUUUCAGAAAAAUGCUUAAGAGGAAGGUUGUGCGAACUAAACCACAACUAAAGAAGACUGAGGGAGAGAUUGAUCCAAAGUUCUGGGAGGUGAUGCUAAGCUCACCUAAGAAGGACUACGAGAAGGUCUGUAUGGAGUAUGGAGUCACUGACUUCCGCUGGAUGCUGAAGCAGCUGAACUUAAAGAAGAAAGAGAGAGACGAGGAACAGGCAAAGGUUGUUGAAAAACUUGAAAAUCUGAAACACAUUGAGGUGAAAAUCGAUGGCUCAGCAGAGUUUGAACUGGACAUGGAACUGAAGAAUCCCAACAGUCAGGUUUUCCUAUUCAAGGAUGGGGUCAUGGUUCCCUAUUCUGACGACGGCAGCGGGAAGCACAACCUAAACAAAAUUGGCAAAAAGUAUAUCUUUAGCAUCAACAACCUGAUGCCAGACGACGCUGGAUUGUACCAGGUGGACGUUGAGGAUGCCAAUUGUUUCUCAACUGACUUUAAGAUUAUACCAGUGGAAUUUGUUGUCAAGAUUCAGGAGGUGAAGGCUAAGGAGAGAGAGGAUGCCGUGUUUGAGUGUGUCUUGUCCCACCCCUUCCCAAAGAUUGUGUGGACUGGAAAGAACAUCCCUCUCGAACAAGGGGACAAGUUUGACAUCACUGUGUCAGAAGACCACCUCGUUCAUAGCUUAAAAGUGAAAGAUUGUGCCCAAGUCGACAAAGGAGUCUACACUGCCAUGGCUGGCAUUGCCUCCUGCAACGCUUGGCUUAUUGUGGAAGCCGAUAAUGACCCAAACAUGCGUGGGAAAAAAACGUCCCGUAAAACCACCACGGCUGGUGGUGGAGGAGAGGACCUGGCUAAGAUAGCCGCAGAGCAGUCGGCUAAGCUGCAGAAGGAAAAGGAUGACCUGUAUGCAGCCAGACAGGCCCAAGCAGAGAUGGACGCUGCGGACGCAGCCAGACGGGCCCAAGCAGAGAUGGACCCUGCAGAUGCAGCCAGAUGGGCCCAAGCAGAGAAGGACGCUGCGGACGCAGCCAGACGGGCCCAAGCAGAGAAGGACGCUGCGGACGCAGCCAGACGGGCCCAAGCAGAGAAGGACGCUGCGGACGCAGCCAGACGGGCCCAAGCAGAGAAGGACGCUGCGGACGCAGCCAGACGGGCCCAAGCAGAGAAGGAUGCUGCGGAUGCAGCCAGACGGGCCCAAGCAGAGAAGGAUGCUGCAGAUGCAGCCAAACGGGCCCAAGCAGAGAAAGACGCUGCUGUUGGAGCAGGAGCCGGAGCAGGAGCCGGAGCAGGUGCCGGAGAGAGGGAUGGAGAAGGACAUGGAGGAUUUGAUCCAGGUGUUCAAUUCCUUAAUGGACUGGCUGAUAUUAAUGGCAGCCUUGGGGAAACAGCGGAACUGUCCUGCAAACUGAGCCAUGAGAACUGUGAGGGAGUCUGGCUUAAAGACGGGCUACUACUAACUGAUGAGGAUGGGCUGAAAAUCAUCCAAGAUGGAGCCAGUCACAAGCUGGUAAUUGAAAACUGUAAAAAAGAUGAUGCAGGAGUCUAUUCAUUUGAGGUGGAUGGUCAUAAAUCUGAGGCAAAGUUCACUGUUUCAGACCCACCAACAUUCAACAUGGAUUCUCUGAGAGAAUUCUCUAAGCCGGUCAUUGUGAGAGCAUGUGAAACGGCUGAGUGGAAAUUGGCCUUUUCGGGUGGUGACCCAAUGAAGAUCAAGUGGAUCAAGGAGGAUGAGGAACUUCUGGAAGGCCCCAAUGUCAAGAUAGAACAGACUGACAUAAAAGCCAACUUGUGUAUUACAGAUUGUCAAAGGAGGAACUGUGGAGAGGUCAAAAUCAAUAUCAAAAAUGACUUUGGUACAUUGGAAGCCACAUCCAGACUGAUUGUUCUUGACAAACCCACACCGCCACAAAGACCUGUGGAAAUUGUGGAAACUUCUCUAACCGCCAUUGAAUUCAAAUGGAAACCCCCAAAGGAUGAUGGUGGCUGUCCAGUCAAACACUACAUUUUGGAGCGCCAGCAAGUGGGGGGAAGCAAAACAUGGACAAAUGUAGGGGAGCUCCCAAAUGACCCCCUUAAAUACAGGGAUACUAAUGUAAAACCUGGGAAAAGAUACUGUUACCACAUCAGAGCCAAGAAUGAGGAGGGAGUCAGUGAUGUGUUGGAGACAGAGGACAUCCAGGCUGGCAUAUUGUGUUACCCAGGAUCCCCUUCGGCACCCAAAGUGGUCAGUGCCUUCAAGGACUGCAUCAACCUGGCUUGGUCUCCCCCUAUCAACACUGGAGGAACUGAAAUUUGGGGUUACAACCUUGAGAGACGCAAGAAGGGAAGCAACUUUUGGAGCACUGUGAACCUAGAUGGGCCUAUCAAAGACACAACGUUUGCAUUGAAAGAUGUUAUUGAGGGAGCAGCUUAUGAAUUUCGAGUGUCAGCUAUUAACAUCUCUGGUGUCGGCGAGCCCAGUCCUCCCUCUGUUACAGUCUUUGCCAGAGAUCCCAAGAAACCCCCUGGUAAAGUCAUAGACCUAAAGCUAACAGAUUCCAGUUACACCACGUUUUCUCUGGCUUGGACUAAACCAAAGGAGGUGGAAGGGGUGGAGGAUGAGGCCAAAGGCUACUUUGUGGAGAUCAGACCAAAUGAGAGCCCAGAGUGGACUCGCUGUAACAUCAACCCCAUCAUCUCCACCUCCUUCAAUGUGAUUGGCCUGAAGGCAAUGGGAAUGUACUGGGUGAGAGUGCUCGCCACAAACGAUGGAGGCGAGGGCGAGCCCCAAGGCUUUGAUAAUUACAUCAUCGCCAUGCCUCCUCCUGUGAGGCCACAAUUUACAGGGAAAAUGAAGAGCUUCAUGGUUGUGAGAAAGGGGAAUACUGUACGGUUCAACAUCAACUUUAAGGCCUCUCCUUUGCCAGAUAUCUAUUGGUUGAAAGACUGUGUUCCUGUGUCCAAACGUGUCACCAUCACCAACUCUGACAGAGGUUCACAGCUUCUGAUCCCCACGUCAGAGCGCUCUGACACAGGCAUCUUUACCAUCAUUGUCAAGAACAUGGUCGGUCAGGAGACCUUCAGUGUCGAGAUCAGAGUCACAGAUGAUCCCAAGCCUCCUGGCCCGGUGGAGUUGGAACAGAAUGUUCCUGGAACAGUGACUGUGACCUGGACUCCCUCCCCAGACGAGAAGAAGGAUGACAGGCUGCACUACAUUGUGUACAAACGUGACUCUGUCAAGCGCACCUGGAGGAUGGUCGCUGACAGCCUCUUCAACCAUAAGUUCACAGUUAUCAACAUUCUACCCGGCAGAGAGUAUAACUUCAGGGUGUUUGCUAAGAAUGACAUGGGCCUCUCAGAACCUGCUGUGUCCCCUACGUGGGGAACCAUAAGGAGAAAAGAUAAGUUCAUACUGGACAUGCCAGAUGUAAAGGGCUUGGACCUCCAGUGUCCACCAUCAUUUUUACUCCGAUUGAAAAUCCGCACCGCUCCACCAGGCUACGAGUGCUACAUGAGCUGUGCUGUACGAGGGGAUCCAAAACCCCAUGUCACAUGGUACCACAACAACGUCAGCCUCAACACCAAUACCAACUACCUUAUCACCAACGUGUGUGGGGUGUGCACAAUGCUCAUAUUGAAGAUCGGACCCAAGGACAGCGGCGACUACAGUGUCAUCGCAGACAGUCCCUUGGGCAGGGCAGAGUGCUCCACCAAGCUCACAAGUGAAGAGUUCACCCAGAUGAUUGAUUGGCAGCAGCUGGCAACAUAA